AUGGCCUAUGAUCCACGAUUAGCUAGUGCGGGCACUGCAACUCCGGAUCCCCCGCCUCCUCCCCCUCCGCCUCCUGAGCCUGCCAUGGCAGCAUCAACGGAGACCGAGUCUUCAGACGGGACUGCAGCCGCACCCAUUCAGGAGCAGCAGUCAGACUCUUAUAAACUUAGAUUUUGCACGGUGUGCGCAUCGAACCAAAACCGUUCGAUGGAAGCCCAUCUCCGUCUAUCUACUGCACCAUCCCACUUCCCUGUUAUCUCCUUUGGGACGGGCUCCCUGGUCCGUCUGCCAGGCCCAUCUAUUACGCAACCUAAUGUGUACAAUUUCAAUACCACUUCGUAUUCUCAAAUGUACGAGGAACUGUUCUCCAAGGACGAGAGGCUCUAUCGUAACAAUGGGCUUUUAAACAUGCUCGAACGCAACCGGAACCUGAAAUGGGGCCCGGAGCGCUUCCAAGACUGGGUUCCAGGCAUGCCCCGUGUGGACCAUGUCUCGAAAGGCGACAAAGGCGCCUUGGGGACCGAGGGUGGCGUGGUCGAUGUCAUUAUCACCUGUGAGGAGCGGUGCUGGGAUGCCGUUGUUGACGAUCUUAUGAAUAAAGGAUCGCUCCUCAACCGACCCGUCCAUGUAUUCAAUGUCGAUAUUAAAGAUAACCACGAAGAAGCCCUAGUCGGAGGAAAGGCCAUUCUCGAACUAGCUAAUCGGCUCAACGAGGCUGCCGUCCAGGAACGCAAAGCGAAUAAUCCUGAAGGCUGGGAAAAUGGAACCGGUGAAGCUCGGAGGAGUUUCGAUGAGAAGGUCCCGGAAAUUCUUGCGGCCUGGCAGGAGAAGUGGCCGAAUUUGCCCGCGCUGUGGACUCUUGCUUGGCUCUAG